GCUACGCAACCGCCUCGGUCCGAAACGCUCAAAAUCAUAUCCGAUUUGGAGAAAGAGAUUGCCGCUUUGGAUGCCGAGAAUACGGCAAGUUCAAGGAUGCUGGGGCUCCGAAAGAAGCAGUUUGCUCUGCUGUUGCAUGUGGUGGAUGAGUUGCAGAACACCAUAGAGGAGGAGCAGAAGAGUUUGAUUGAGGAGAAAGAGCACAAACACGGAAUGGAGGAUGCAAGUGCGGGCUCGGAACCCAUGCAUGUUGAUUAGAGUAUACAAUG